ACAGGCACGUAGCCCUGAGGCCUCGGAGGGCCUCCAGCGGCCGGCCCGAGUGCUGCCUCUGCCCCCAGCCCUGCUGGCCCCUGGUCCCACCGGCUCCCCGGAUGCCUGGCUGAGACGUCGCAGUGGCCCACGCUGCCCACAGCUCCUCCUGGCCCCCGAGGUGGGCGCUGCAGCCGACAACUCCUUGGGCACCAGGCAGCUAAGGGCCGCCAGCCGGAGCAGCAGGGGCAUGGGCAGCGCCAGUCCAGGCCUGAGCAGCGUGCCCCCCGGCCGCCUCCUGCUGGCCCCCGACACGGCAUCGAGGACAGACUUGGAGAAGGCGGCAGGGGCGGCGGGUCCCGAGAGACGGGACUGGAGCCCCAGCCCGCCCGCCACGCCUGAGCAGGGCCUGUCUGCCUUCUACCUCUCCUACUUUGACAUGCUGUACCCCGAGGACAGCGGCUGGGCCGCCAAGGGCCCUGGGGCCAGCACGCGGGAGCAGCGGCCUGAGGAGCCCGAGCAGUGCCCGGUCAUUGACAGCCAGGCCCCGGGGGGCAGCCUGGACUUGGUGCCAGGUGGGCUGACCCUGGAGGAACACUCGCUGGAGCAGGUGCAGUCCAUGGUGGUGGGCGAAGUGCUCAAGGACAUCGAGACAGCCUGCAAACUGCUCAACAUCACCGCAGACCCUGUGGACUGGAGCCCUGGCAACGUGCAGAAGUGGCUCCUGUGGACAGAGCACCAGUACCGGCUGCCGCCCGUGGGCAAGGCCUUCCAGGAGCUGGGGGGCAAGGAGCUGUGCGCCAUGUCGGAGGAGCAGUUCCGCCAGCGCUCGCCCCUGGGCGGGGACGUGCUGCACGCCCACCUGGACAUCUGGAAAUCAGCGGCCUGGAUGAAAGAGCGCACCUCGCCUGGGGCGAUUCACUACUGUGCCUCGACCAGCGAGGAGAGCUGGACCGACAGCGAGGUGGACUCGUCCUGCUCCGGGCAGCCCAUCCACCUGUGGCAGUUCCUCAAGGAGCUGCUGCUCAAGCCCCACAGCUACGGCCGCUUCAUUCGGUGGCUCAACAAGGAGAAGGGUGGCCCGGCUGUGGGGCAUCCGCAAGAACCGUCCUGCCAUGAACUACGACAAGCUGAGCCGCUCCAUCCGCCAGUAUUACAAGAAGGGCAUCAUCCGGAAGCCGGACAUCUCCCAGCGCCUGGUCUACCAGUUCGUGCACCCCAUCUGAGGCUGGGCCCCUCCCGCCGGCCUGCCCCUGCCUUGGCCGGAGCCCGAGCUGUGGCCAAGAGGGUAGUCAGCUGGCAUUCCGGAGUCCAGGGUCAGGGAGGGGGCGGCCACCGCCCUCAGGGGUAUAAGUGGGCUCUCUGGGGCCCGGGAACCCCAGAGUGGGGUGCUUCCUCCUCAGGCCUGAAUGCUCACAUGCCCAGUCUUCUGGAGGGUGGAGGGGGCAGGGGGCUCCAGGUGUUCACCACUCUCUAGGGAAGCACAACCCUCUGACAGCCUGUGGCCAGGAACUGCCAGAGCAGAGCCUACAGAAUGGCAGUGACUUGGCCAAGGCCACUCGCAGUCCACGGCUCUCUCUGCUACACGCCCCACCUCCCACUGUGCACCAUGCCUGGCAUGGUGCUAGGAGAUGUCUGCACGCCUGAAUUGGGGACCCAGGGGUGCCCCCAGGAAUGGAUAAUAAAGAUUUAGAGAACUGA